CCUCUGAAAACAUAAUAGAUCUCAUGUUUGGCGGGUGUUGAACAAGUUUACAGUAGAUCAAACAACUAUGGCAGUCAUGAAAGUUCAUGGAAAUCCUUUGUCAACAGCCACUCAGAGGGUUCUUGCUUGCCUUUACGAAAAAGAUGUGGAGUUUCAGUUUGUUAAUGUCGACAUGGCAGCUGGUGAACACAAAUCAGAAAACUUCCUUUCCCACAACCCGUUUGGCCAAGUUCCAGCUUUUGAAGAAGGGGACUUGAAGCUCUUUGAAUCAAGGGCCAUAACCCAAUACAUCGCCCAUGAGUACUCCGAUAAAGGCACCCAACUGUUGUUGCCUGGCUCUAACAAGACUAUGGCGGUUCUUCAUUUGUGGAAGGAAGUUGAAUCUCACCAAUUCGAUCCUCCAUCGGCGAAGCUUAUCUAUGAACUGCGGUUUAAGCGUUUCGUCGGUAUGACUCCCGACAGCGCAGUCGUCGACGAACAUGAAGCUAAGCUUGCCAAAGUUUUGGAUGUGUAUGAGGCUCGAUUGGCUCAGUCCAAGUACUUGGCCGGUGACCACUUCACCUUGGCCGAUUUGCAUCACCUGCCUAAUGUUGAGUUUUUUAAGAGGAGCUCGGUCAAGAAGCUGUUUGAGUCUCGCCCGCAUGUUGCUGCUUGGGUGGAUGAUAUCACGGCAAGGCCGUCUUGGAUUAAGGUCCUAGAUCUGCAGAAGCAGAAAGUUUGAAGACUUGGGUUGCAAUCCAAAGCUAUUAGUAAUUAUUAUUUAGUGAAUAAGAAUGAGGGGUUUGUAAUCUUGAUUGCAUUUUGGCCUCAGCGUUGUGUGAUUUUGUCUCCUAAUUUUCCUGCAGCCUUUGAGUAGAAUGUAUUAAGGUUUGUGUUCAUCUGUCAUGAAAUUGAAGUUGCAAUCUUUUGAAUGUCAUAGCUCUUAUAUUGUUGAUUAA